GGUAGAGGGCAGAAGCAUAGUUUAAAGUACUCCAAUAUUAACUUUGUUUACAUGUUUGUUUUUCUCCUUUAAGCGUGAUGUACUCGCUAUGGGGGCAUGCUUAACGUUGGAACGUGAAGAAGGUAAAGCAAGAAAACGAAGUGAAGAAAUUGAUAGACAACUUGGAGAGUUUGCUAAACAACAAAAUAAUGUUAUCAAAAUACUACUGUUGGGUGCUGGAGAAAGUGGGAAAAGUACCUUAGUUAAACAAAUGAAAAUAAUCCAUACAGAUGGAUUUACACAUGCAGAAUUGAGUAGUUUUAGACCAACAGUAUUAGAUAACCUUUUGGCUUCAAUGAAAUAUGUUCUAGCUGGUAUGGGAGUUUUGAGAAUAAAUUUAGAGUACCAGAGGAAUAAAGUUCAUGCUCAAAAUGUUUUAGUAGCUAAAAGCUGCUUUGAUAUGAGUUUUACAAUAAUUCCAGCGGUCGCUGCAUCUUUACAAGCUCUUUGGUCCGAUAGGGGUGUGAGAUUAGCUGUAGCAAGAGGUUAUGAGUAUGAAUUGAACGACUCUGCUCUCUAUUUAUUUGAAAAUAUGGAAAGAAUCUGUGAUCCAAAAUAUGUGCCAAAUCCGACUGAUGUUCUAAGAGCACGUGUACGGACCCAGGGCAUAAUAGAAACUCAAUUUCGUAUAAAUGAUAUGAUUAUUAAUAUGUACGAUGUUGGUGGACAAAGAUCUCAAAGAAGAAAAUGGAUAUAUUGUUUUGAUGAUGUAAGAGCAGUGCUUUUUGUCAUAUCGCUUAGUGGAUACGACAUGACGUUACUAGAAGAUCCCAGUGUCAACCGAUUAGAAGAAAGUCUUAAUUUGUUUGGACAAAUUGUUAAUAAUCCAUUUUUUCGAGAAGCAUCAUUUGUUUUAUUCCUAAAUAAGUUUGAUCUCUUCAGGGAAAAAAUUCUCUAUUCCCAACGUCAUUUGAGGUUAUAUUUUCCAGAUUAUAAAGGUCCAGAUAGAGAUGUUGAUAGAGGAGCAUUAUUUAUACAACACAAAUUCGUUUUGAGAAAUGGAGAUUCGAGGAAAGUGUUGUAUCCACAUUUUACUACAGCAACGGAUACAGCUAAUGUAAGAGUCGUUUUCCAAUCUGUCAUGGAGAUUGUUAUAUCUGCUAAUUUAGGUCGCGUUACUCUUUUAUAGAU